GUUCUUACCUUCGGCCGUCGCUGAUUCAUCGGUCACUAGAACCUACACAGGUAACUUAACCCUCAUCUCCGAUUAUCAUUAUACACCUCAAUCUGUUUCUUAUACAUUCACUCAACACUUAUCAGUUAUAUUCUAUGAAUGCUAUCAACCCAUGCUGACAUUCGUCUUUAUUACACUGAUUGUUAAUGUUAAUUCAUUGCACCGUGUGCAAUGAAUCAUCCACCCAUUAUAUCAAUUUCAAAACUUUCAAACUGGGUUACAAAGAUCAAAGAGUUAUCUUCUAAUAAAAGAUGGCUAGAGCUACUUUCUUUAUAUAAUGACUUGAAUAAAUCAGGAGUUCAGUUCACAGAGCCCACAUUGUUCCAUCCAAUAUUAAAGGCAUGCUCAGUAACAUCUUUCAGGCAUGGGAAGUCCCUUCAUGCGUCGGUUAUUAAGCUCUGUGUCGUCGAAUCAUGCACAUCGAUAGGAAACUCUAUCAUGGAUUUUUAUUUAAAAGCUGGUAUUUUGGAUUCCACAUUCAGUGUGUUUGAUAACAUGAAGGUUAGGGAUUGUGUUUCAUGGAAUAUUAUGAUUUCUGGGUGCAUUGAUCAUGGUGAUUAUGAUCGAGGUUUAUCGACGUUUAAGGACGCUAGAGCAGCAGGGUUUGAAACUAAUGUUUCCACUUUAGUACUUGUUAUUCAGACAGUUAACAUUCUUGGAGCUUUACAUGAAGGGCAGAAAAUGCAUGGUUAUAUAAUGAAGACUGACUAUUUGGCUGUCUCGUCCGUCCAAAACGCACUUUUGGGUAUGUAUGCAAAUAUGGCAGUGGAGUUUGCACAGAAGCUGUUUGAUGAAAUGCCUGACAGAGAUGUCAUUGCUUGGAGUGUUAUGAUUUCGGGCUAUGUUAGAAGCGACAAUGCUCAUUUUGGUUUGGGGAUAUUUAGAGAGAUGUUAGCACAGUUCGGAAAGGAAGCUGAUGGCCAAACAGUAGUGAGUGCGCUCAAAGCCUGCACCAAUCUAAAGAAUUAUGUUACAGGAAAAGCAUUGCAUGGGUUUGUUGUUCGUAAAGGUUUUUAUGGUGAUUUGUUUGUAGGUAACUCUUUGAUUGACAUGUAUUCCAAGUGUAACGAUCCCGAUGCUGCAUUUCAAGCUUGGAACGACAUGCCUUUAAAAAACAGUGUUUCAUGGAACUCUCUUUUAUCUGGAUUAGUAUGCAACGGGAACCACUCUGAAGCGAUUAAUCUUUUCAUGUCAAUGCAGAAGUCUAAAAUCGAGCCUGAUGCAGUCACAUUAGUCAACCUCCUACAAGUAUGCAAACAUUUUGCAGACCCGCUUAUCUGCAAAUGCGUUCAUACUGUGAUACUAAGAAAAAACCACGAGUUUAAUCACUUAAUAAUUAAUACUCUAGUUGAUGUUUAUGCAAAGUGCAAUCUUAUAUGUUUCGCACAAAGAUUGUUUAAUUCGAUGAAGAUUCGAGAUACAGUUUCUUGGAGCACAAUGAUUGCCGCUUUCACACAUUGUGGCUUGCCCGAUGAAGCGAUCAAAGUCUUCAAUGAAAUGAUACAAACACAAGAGAAACCGAAUGCUGUUACUGUACUAAAUCUCAUAGAAGCCUGCUCUUGUUAUUCUGAACUAAAAGUACCAAAAUCAGUUCACGGGAUCGCCAUCAGAUUAGGGUUGGCAACCGAGACAACUGUCGGGACAGCCAUUUUGGAUAUGUACUCAAGUUACGGAGAUAUAAUAACCUCAAAGAAGGCUUUUAGUCAGAUUAUUGAUAAAAAUGUUAUAUCGUUCAGUGCCAUGAUUGCAGCAUGUGGUAUGAACGGUCUUCCUCGUGACGCAUUAUGCUUGUUAACCGAAAUGGAAAUGCACGGUAUAAAACCUAAUUCGAUAACAAUACUCUCGGUGUUGUCAGCAUGUAGCCAUGGAGGUUUGAUAAACGAGGGGCUAUCAUUUUUCCAAAAGUUUAUCAAAAGUCAAGAAGUCAAACCGAACCUAGAACACUACUCUUGUUUAAUAGAUUUAUUAAGCCGGGGUGGGAAACUCGAUCUUGCAAUGGAACUGAUCGACCAACUGGCCAAAGGAAAAAACGUCGGUGCGAGUGCUUGGGGGGCGUUGUUAAGCGGUUGCAGAACGAGCUACAACGGUAAUGAAAAUAUUCAGGAAAAAGUGAUCAAACAUGUUCUCGAAUUUGAACCGAACAACUCAAGUGGUUACAUGCUUGCAUCAAACGUGUAUGCUGCACGUGGUUCGUGGGACGCUGCUGCAAGAUUUAGGGCCAUGGUUAAAGAUAAACAGGUUAAGGUGGUGGCUGGUUACAGUAUGGUUCAUGUUAAUAACGCGUGCUGUAAGUUCAUCGCAGGAGAUAAACAUCGGUUUUUACUAAAGGAAAUACUUGAGGAAUUACACAAAUGUAUGAAGAUGGAAAAGAUACAAGUUAAUUAGUACAAGUUAUGGUAUAUAUAUAGAAAGGAGCAGACAUACAUCAUACAGGAUACAUACAUUUAUGUGAUGUUAGAGUUAUACAUUAUAUAUAUAGUUCACAAGCGUAAUCUUAAAUCCAAAUCUGAACUUGAACAUGUGGAAUCAUCUUGUAGAGAUGCAGGGAAGUUCAAAUCGAACCUAAAUGGUUGCGAAAGUACUGAUGUCGUUGCGGUUGCGGUUGCUGUUGCUAUUGGUACAACACCACCAUCUUCUUUCUCAAGGUGACACCUUUUGUGCCCACCAAGUGCUUGUCCACUUGAAAAUAUCUUCAAACAAAUGCUGCAUUUGUGUUGCUGAUUGAUGCUCAAAGCUUCACCGCUUUUAUCGCAAUGACUCG